CCAAAACAUGCUGCGCAAGAAUGUUACCAGAAGUUUUGGGGCCGCGAUCAGUGGUCUGGGCAGGGGCCACCUGACAGAGCGAGUGAUCUCCCGGAGCAAGAGGAUGAUGCUGGACACCCUGGGGGUGGGGCUGAUCGGCACCCAGACGGACGUCUACAACAAAGCCCUCCGGUACAGCCAGAGCUUUACAUCGAGGGAUCAGAGCCAGGUCUGGGGGAGGGCAGAGACGGCCCUGCCCCCGCAGCACGCUGCCUUCGUCAACGGUGUCGCGGUUCAUUCUAUGGACUUUGAUGACACGUGGCACCCGGCCACUCAUCCAUCUGGGGCCAUUCUCCCUGCGGUCCUGGCCUUGGCCGAGGUCCUUCCCAGGAAGCUCACUGGACUAGACCUGAUCCUGGCCUUCAACAUUGGCAUCGAGGUACAAGGCCGACUGCUGAGCUUCUCCAGGGAAGCCCUCAACAUCCCUCAAAGAUUCCAUCCACCCACUGUAGUUGGUGUGAUGGGAAGUGCAGCAGCCUCAGCCAAUCUCCUGGGUCUGUCCCCAGCCCAGUGCACUCACGCUCUGGCCAUCGCAGCAUCGUCCGCUGGUUCCCCCUUGGCCAACGCUGCCACCCCGACCAAGCCUCUCCACAUGGGGAACGCCGCGGGCAGAGGGCUGGAGGCCGCUCGGCUGGCCUGGAUGGGGCUGGAGGGGAACCCGGACGUCCUGGACUUGGAGUCCGGUUUCGGGGUUUUCUUCAACGAGUACAACCCCUCUGCGAUGGCUGACGUCGGGGGCUUCGAAUGGGCCCUGGAGAGUCAGAGCGUGGCCGUCAAGAGCUUCCCUGCUCACUUGGGGAUGCACUGGGUGGCAGAGGCGGCGUUAGCGGCCAAGGCUGAGCUCCGGAGCGGAGGAGAGUCUUCCAACAACACCAACCACCUCGACCAGGUCAGGAGCGUGACGCUGAGAGUGCCGGCCUCCAAGUACAUCAACCGCACCUGCCCGUCCUCGGAGCACCAGGCCAGGCACUCCUUCCAGUUCAACGCCUGCUCGGCCCUGCUGGACGACCGGGUGACGGUGGAGUCCUUCAGCGACGCUCAGAGGAACCGGCCUGCCCUCAGGGAACUUCUGUCCAAGGUCUGGGUGGAAAGCCCCGAGGACAACCACCCCAGCUUCGACAAGAUGUACUGUGAAGUCGUCAUAGAAACACACCUGGGGAACAGGUACGCGGGAAGGUGCGACACGUUCUACGGCCACUGGAGACGGCCGCUGAGCCAAGAAGACCUGGAGAGGAAGUUUAGAAACAACGCGUCCACCGUGCUGUCGUCUGAGGGGUUGGAGGGCCUCUUGGACGUCGUGGGAAACAUGGAGCGAAUCACAGACUCUUCUGCUCUUGGUUUAUACCUCCAGAUGACAAGUAAUCAAUAGGCUUAAAGUCUUAAAAGUAUUUAGAUCUGGAUAUACAUUAGUUAUAUAUUUUGUUUGUUAGAGCUUUAUAUAUUUAUUUCAAUCACAGAAAACAUAUGCAUUGAAAAUUACGAUUUUGUAAUGUCUUUGAAUUUGUGUGACAAUACCUUACUGUCUUGCAGUAAGAUGUAUUGUGCAAUAUCUUAUUAGAUGUGAAUGGAAAAUAAAUAAUGCUGACAAAUGACAAUGCUUCUC